GCGCUGGGUGCGGCCAGGUUAUGAAACGGCCUCUCAGUUCAGCCCCAGGUUCUCUGCUUACCCACAGCACAGGCUGCAGUGACCACGGGCACCCCACCUUCAGCAUUCAAAAGUGUCCCCCCCCCCCAGCCUCCACAGGAUGUGCAGGGAGCAGCCCUGGGGACGGAAGUCUGAAUGCAAUGAAGAGAAGGGAAGGCAGAGGUGACCCACCAGACUCUAAGUCCCUUGACCGUGGGACCACAGGAAGAUUGAUCUCCUCGGCAUCCCAUUGCAUCAGUGGGACCUGGAGACACAGGCCAUUCUGUUCCCAGUCCCGGAGUUUCCUGCUGCGAUCAGACCCCUCCCCUAAAUCUGAAUUGCAGCUUCUCCGUCCUCUCACAGACCUCAGCCUCCUCAUCUGUUAGGUUCUGGGCUCUACCUCCCACCCUCGGGCUGUCCGGGUCCAUCCCCAGCCUUGGGGCCAGGACCCAGUAGGGCAGUGGUUAUAGUAAGGUGGAAGGGGUAGGUUUUGUGGCUCUCAGCCUGGAGGCCUCUAUGGAGCCAAAAGCAGCUCCACAACAACGCAACAGCAGGCCAGGCGGUGACCGUGGAGCUCUUCCUGACCAUGCAACUUGUGCUCUGCAUCUUCGCCUCCACGGACGAGCGACGCAGUGACAACCUGGGCACUCCCGCUCUCUCCAUCGGUUUCUCUGUCACCCUGGGCCACCUCCUUGGGAUCUACUUCACUGGCUGCUCCAUGAACCCAGCGCGCUCCCUGGCUCCCGCAGUCGUCACUGGUCUUCUGGAUCGGACCCCUGGUGGGCGCCAUCAUCGGGUCCCUCCUCUACAACUACCUGCUGUUCCCCUCGGCCAAAAGCCUGCAGGAGCGCCUGGCGGUGCUCAAGGGCCUGGAGCCCGACACCGACUGGGAGGAACGCGAGGUGCGGCGGCGGCAGUCGGUGGAGCUCCACUCCCCGCAGAGCCUGCCGCGCGGGAGCAAGGCCUGAGCGCCCCGCCCCGCCCCGCACCGCAGCGGAUCGCCGCGCAGCCGGCCGACGGCCGCCCCCUUCCUCCCCCUGGCCCGCCGUCGGCCCCCAGUGCAGAGCCGCUGCUCCAGCGCCCGCGAGCGCGGGGAGCCUCAAGAAGGGGCUCUUCCCGGGAGCCUGGCAGAACCCCCACCCCGAAGUCUUGGCCCCAGCGACCACCCUGCUCGCCCUUUGCAGGGAACCAGAAACUUGGGGGACCAAGCCAGUGGGGAGGGAGCGCAGGCAGGCGGGCGGGCGACCGAGAGCCCGCACCUGGUGCUGGGGGAGACCUGCAUAGAGACCGACCACCUUGGGGGCCUGUGGCUGGUAUCUGGUUUUGUUCGGGUGUAAAAGUGCUCCGCGUACUUCUCUCCUCUCGCGCAGGGGUUGUGUGUGCCUGAGUGUGACCCUGGAUGCCCAUAGUGAUGCAGGGCCGGGGACUUCUCAUUCCCGCUUUGGCUGCCUCCUCCUGCACCUGCAAUAAAUCCACUUCCUCUGCUAAGGAUGAGUCCUCCUAGCAAGUCAGGCCCAGGAAGGGGUGGGGGGCUGGUUUCCAACCUCUUCUUCGACCCUCUGGGAAGGCUCCACCAAGGAGCAAUCCUCAGCCCAAAGACUGGACGGGACUCAUUGCUGGAAGGAACGUGUGUUGACUAGAAAACAAGUCCCCUAGACUUGACCUCUGGAGAAUGGAGGACUGGGUAUCCAAGAACGUUCUUUCUGCCCCGAGGGAGGACUUUUCAACGGGCAGAGGGGAGGCAGGCAUAUAAGUGUGAGUAUGACUCCCUUCCCCAGGGAGCCCACACACACCCAAAGAUUAGUCUUCCACUUGGGCAAAGAAAACAAAAACCUUCCGUAGGGCCCCAGCUUUUGUCCUGAGAGAGGGGGAGAUUUGCAACUAGACACUGCUUGAAAGGAGACACUCUGUUUCGCAAGUGAGCCCUGGAGCCCGGCACACAGGCAUGCCUAUGGUUGGCAGGGCAAGGUGCUCAGGCAUGCGACCACAGGAACCCAGCAACACCCUCCGGCCCGGGCUGCCCCUCCUCCUCAGGAACCUCCGUUUCCUCUUUUCUUCCUCCCUGCGCUGUGCUCCGCCCUCUUCCAGCUCCCACAGCCCAGCAGUUUGCAGUGUGCCGUCCUUGUAAGUCUGCUGUUCCCCGGGGUCAGAGAAAGGAAGGGACUGGACCCGGCAGAGGCAGAUCAGAGUCUAGAACCCAGGUUUCUAAAAUGCCCGGAGCAGGGCAAGGGUUCUCCAGUGAGGUUAAAGUGGGAUUAAGUGAGAGGGUGCACAUAAGACGCUGUGUGAACUGUGAGUCUCACCACCCUCACCGCAGUGGUAGGCUCACUUUCGCUAUUGCUGCCCUCUCCAGGAGGCGACGGCAGAAUGAAGAGGUCAGACCUCGAACUUUCUCUACUUCUUACAAUUGGUAGUUAAAGCCAAUGAGAGCCCUGGAGCCCCAAGGUCCAGACAGAAGGAGCUGGGUUUGCUGCUGGCCCCUUCCUGGUCCAGGCGCUGAGACUUUCCUUAUUGCCUGCACGCUGGCAAUCUUCCACCUCCUCCCUCAGCCACGCUUCCGCUCUCUCUGCAGCUGCUGACUAGUCUAAGGCUCACACCUUGAGUCCCUUCUCCAUGCUCUCUGUCACCCCCACACUCUCAAGGCUUCUGACUGCCUCCGUCCCCAACACCCCAUUCAUGUGACCAGACACAAGCGAAAUCUCUGAAUCUGUGACCUUUCUGUCUCCUUGACCAAAUUUCUCACUGGAGGCAAGAAGAGUUGCAACGGACACACAGGCUGUGGAGAGGACCCCGCUCCCACACUCCAGCAGCUGCUGACAGCAGCUUGACCUCACGGCUGCCAGGAAGACCUCUGGGGCUGCCUCUCGGUCAUUACCCUGAAAGUUCAAAGCAUCAGGGCAUCACGUCCCCACCCCACUUGGCUCCCAACACACCCCUCUUAAAGGUCAAGAAUGUAUCUGAACCACUUCCUGAAUCACAUCCUCCCCAUGACUGGAGCCUAAAUGAUGGACGAAUCGGGGAGUAAGAGUGAUUGGGCUCCUCUGUGUCCCAGCCCAGUGCUGACCACUUCCUAUGUGUUAACUCAGAUCAAUGGCAACCUUUGGUUGGGUUCAGGAAGGGCCAUAGCCCCCAGCCAUGUAAGGCUUUACUAUUUCCAAACAAUUCCCUUAACAUUCCAGCCUCAUGAGACAGGCAGAGCAGAUGCAUCUUUUCCCGUUUCGUUCUGAAACUGAGGCCCUAAAGGCUGGCCCAAAGACACAUGGAUAAGACCCAACAGAGCCAAGACUUGGACCCCAAGAGCCGUCUUACACAAAACCCCGUAUCUUUCCACUGAGGUGAGCCCUAGGCUCUUCCUGAGAGCCCCUGACAGAAACCAGAACACUCAGCUAGGCUGGGCCAGCCCCGUCCAAGUCCCUAUCAUGUAGUGGAUGGAGAGCCUUGAAGAGGGUGGUGACCGGGUCAGGAGGAAAUGAUGUAAGGACUCAUGGAUGGUUCCUGCCCUUGAAGAGCACCCAGUCAAGAAGGUGGAGGUCGGACACACCCAAACUAGACAGACGCAGGACAGCAUUGAGGCAGGUGGACAGACUUCCAGGUCCCCAAGCUGGAACACACAGCUCUGGGCUGACAGGAAGUAGCUGAUCACCUGUCACAGUGCAUACUUCCCCAUUUCCCUCCUUGUGCAGAGUGACUUCACACGUCCACAAGUUGCUUGGAUGUUUGUGUCUUUAGGCUGUGGUCCUGCAUGUAUACCACACCUCUCAGGCAGAGUGUAAGCUCUUUGGAGGCAAGGCAGUAUCUUACCAUCUUUUCCUUUUGGUCUUGUCUAACACAGUGUUUUGCAUAUAAUAAACACUCAACAAAUGCU